AUGGAAGGAUUUAAGAAGCAACUGAUCGCACAAUCGAACGUACGUUUCAUGUCGGUGGGCGAUUUGACCGUUGGCCGGGCAUACCCAAUAACGAAGAUGUGUAAUCAAGAAACGCAGUACGGGAGGACUGCGAAGUGCACCCUCGACGACGGUCAGGAUGGUAUCAUUGAAGUCUUCCUCCCACGAUCAAUAGUCGUCAGCGACGAACAAGAUGCAUUGUAUAAUAUAGAUGGGAAUCAGACGUUAAGUCUGGUGUUCAACGGACGACGGGCUAGAUCGUUUAACUUAACCUUUAAGUUAUAUGUAUAA